CAGAGACAGAGACGAGCUCAACAACAUCUCAGACAACAUCUCUCUCAUUUCACUCCUUCCACCUUCACCUUCUGCUACAGCCGGGCCGAGCGAGUCUCAGCACAUUCUGGGACAGGGAAAAAAGGAGAAAAGGAUAAAUCGGUCGGUUAAAGAACAUUGUGUUGUCAGAACUGAAGAGAAGGAGGCGGAUGCUCGGUAAACAGAUAAACAGCCUUAGUGUCGCUCCGGUGAUGUCUCACUAAAACUGCGUUCACUUCGACUGCCCUGUAACUGCACACUGCCCCGCACCUCCGAUUCAAGAUGGCCGCCACAAAGAGCGGCUCCGAGGGCAAAAUCGCCGGCCUGUACGAGCUGGAUCGCACGCUAGGGAAAGGCCACUUCGCUGUCGUAAAGCUCGCGCGUCACGUUUUCACUGGGCAGCUGGUGGCUGUGAAAAUCAUUGACAAGACCAAGCUGGACGGCCUGGCCAUGGGUCACCUGCUGCAGGAAGUAUGCUGCAUGAAGCUGGUACAGCACCCCAACGUGGUGCGUCUCUACGAGGUGAUCGACACGCACACCAAACUCUACCUCAUCCUGGAGCUGGGUGACGGCGGUGACCUGUACGACUACAUCCUGCGACAUGAAGGCGGAGUCGCCGAGCGCACCGCCAAAGUGCACUUCGCUCAGAUUGUGCGCGCCAUUGCGUACUGCCAUCGCCUGCAUGUAGUGCACCGAGACCUGAAGCCCGAGAACGUCGUGUUCUUCCGCCAGCAAGGGACGGUCAAACUCACUGACUUCGGCUUCAGCAACCACUUCCAGCCCGGAACCAUGCUCGUCACCAGCUGUGGCUCACUGGCAUAUUCUGCUCCGGAGAUACUGCUGGGAGAAGAGUAUGAUGCCCCUGCUGUGGAUAUUUGGUCUCUGGGUGUGAUUCUCUACAUGCUGGUGUGUGGACGCCCGCCGUUCCAGGAGGCCAAUGACAGUGAGACUUUGAUUAUGAUCAUGGACUGCCGGUACACCGUCCCAGAUCACGUGUCUGUGGAGUGUAAAGAACUGAUCUCACGGAUGCUGCAGCGAGAGCCGUCAAAACGAGCCCCUCUGCUAGAGAUCGAGUCUCACCCCUGGCUGCAGGGGGUGGAUGCGUCUCCGUCACCCGUCUCCCCUCACUGCAGUCUCUCUCCUCAGGAGCAUGAGCUCAUCCUGCAGGCCAUGAGCUCCGGAAACAUCGCUGACAGAGACACCAUACAGGAAGCCUUGGAGGCUGACCGUUAUAAUCACAUCACAGCCACGUAUUACCUGCUUGGGGAACGCAUCCUACGGGACAAACAGGAGUUGAAUGGUCUCAAUCCAGAGCAAAGACAGACACAAAGGCCCUUUUCUGAGCCUCUAGAUCUGGUGGAAGGCCGGAGUCCUCAGGCUGAUGCUCUCAGAGACACUUCUUUGGCUCCUGUCACCCAACUGGGUUCCGUGUCUCCGGGUUUCUCCCGACGGGGAGUGUGUGAGUCUGGAGACCUGCUGGCUCCCAAACCCAGCCGUCAGGACACAUCCUUUAGUGACUUUGGCAGUCCCAGUUCUUGCCUAGGUCUCAGUUUCCGCUCUGUACCUCCAGACCCACCUCCAGUGGUCAAAAGUCUUAGAGCUUUGCAUCAAAUUUGUGAGGAAGAAGAGGAGGAGGAAGAAGAAGAGGAAGAUCAACCUGUUGUACAGUGUAGCAAAGUCAUCUUGGUGCCACCAGCAGCGCCUCAUCUGGAAACUUCUCCCAAACAUUGUGCACUAUCGAAAGCGCCAAGUGUCUCAGAGAAGCUAGGGGGGAGAGAACAGGAAAAGAGCAAGGGACUUUGUGAAGUCUUAGCAGAGGACAAGGAGCUUAAAGGAGAGGGAAAAACAGUCACAGAGGUGUGUCAAGAGGAUGUCACCAGCAAAACAACAACAAAAAAUGAGGAGACAACAUCCCUGAUAGAGAAGCACUCAGAUAUGUUUGAAGAUAAGCAACAGAUGGACCAAAGCCUUCAGAAGACCAAUGGACCUCCACCAGCAGCCCAGGUUGAGAAGGACCACACUGAGGAAACCAGGAAACAAGGAAAAUCCCCUGACACAGCUGUAAAUGAGAGACAGAAAGACCAUGAGCAGCUAGUCGAGCCUCCAAUAAGUGGCAGGACUGAGGAGAAGAAUCAACCCGAAGAAUCAGACACAGCUAAACAUAAAGAACAGGACCAUAGUCUUUUGAAUCUGGCUGAACCACCAUCAGUAGCGCACACUGAGGCUGACACUGAGGCACUAGGAAAAGCAAUGAAAUAUUUAGAUAGAGCAAAAAUUGAAGAACAGAAAGAACUUCAGAAGAUAGAGAGAUGUUUACCUGUGGCCAGGACAGAGAAGCCUCAGACUGAAGACCCAAGCAACGCACUAAAAGCUUCAGAUAGGGCUGAAGACGAGACAAAGAAGGACCAUCAGAAGAAAGAUGGACCUUUACCAGCAGCACAGAUUGAGGAUAAAAACCAAGUUGAAGAACCCCAUAAAACAGGAAGUGCCACAGACAAAGCUGAAGAUGAUGGUGAUAAGAAUCAGAGUCUUCAGAAGCUAGACAGAUUUUCAGCACCACUAAGGCUUGAUCCUGUGCAAUGUUGCUGGGGCCAGAGCGAACUCUCCAAUGAUACACUAGAAGACAACAACAACACCCCGUCCAAGCCGAGGCUGCUGGACACCAGUGUCGUUUCAGCUCCCUGCGUAUCUCCACGAUUCCUACCUAAAAAUCAUUGCGUGGACCUGAGACCAGACGGGGUCGAAACCCGGAAGGUGCCCGGAGAAACCGAGAGGACGGAGGAGACGUACGGCAAACCUCAGCAGGAUCAGCGGGGAUCCAGGGAUGCCGGCACAGACUCCAGCAAGAACAAGAACGUGAAUCUACGAGAGCGUCUGCUGCAGUUUCCUCUCUGUGAGAAAGCUCUGUCGUUCAACAUCCAGCCUACAUCCAAAGAGAAACUGCUUCCCUUUGCUCAGUAUAACUGUUGCCAUGUGCUAUAGGGGAGACGUCUGAAGCUGUCCAGAUCUUUCUGGCCAUUCCACAAAGCUUGUCAAUAGAGUUCCUGCUUUUCUUCCCUCUUUACCAGUAAUGGGGUUUUAAAAGACACAGCACAUGUCCUUGUCUUUUACUGUGAUCUUGGAGGUGCUUUGGCCACACACACACACACACACACACAUACACACACACACACACACACACACACACACAGAACCACAUCUAUUCACUGUAAACCCAUAGCCUUCCAUGCCCUUUACCUAGCAUUCCCUGCUGCUUUCCUGUGUGGCGACUAACGUCUUAGCGCUGCUGUGUAUAUAGACAUCUAACCUGUAUCUACUUGCGAUUUGUGCGAUCUCAGUGACCUUUUAUUAGAACUAGCGUACGUCUUGAGAGUGUAGGAGCCCUGUGAAUAAAACAGUCGCUUGUUGUUUUUCACUGUAGCAGCUUCCUUAGAGCAGAGCUUUACCUAAAGACAUGUGAAGCAUCAAGCGGCACGCAUAGGGCAAACGUUCGAGCAGCGGUUUGAGCAAAAGCUCCAGUAUGAAAAUUAAAUCUGAUCCGAUUCCGAAAGAGAAAACAUUGCAAUCAUAUCUGAGUGAGCACUGCUCCAGUGCCACGUAAUUUACCAGAGUCCUUCCUGCCCAUAGAAUCAUAUUCAUUGUGUUCACAUCAUUUUAAAUGCACCAGCUAACCUGAGUUACUUGUCUAACCGUUAAAUCAACUGGAUAAAACAUCUUAUAUUCAAGUACACAGGAAAUGUCUUACCACGACUGGAUGUUGAUUUACAUUUCCUCUAUACAGCAUUUUGUUUGACAGCAUACUGGAAUAUGCAGCUAUCUAGACGCUAUAAUUACAACACAUUUUCCCAUAUAUUAUUGUUUUUUUAUGGGCUAACAUGGACUUUACAGUUGUCCACACUAAUGUGUUCUGGACAACUUGCAUUGCAUUGCAUGGAAACACCUUUAAAUCACAGAGUACUGAACAGCUAGUUUCUUUAAAUGUGUCACUGGAUCAUUCACCAAGUUCAAGUUCAGAUGUAAAUCGGAUGACCUCAUGUAGAAACAUGCACACGGAACGAAAAUACUGCUAACUGGGAGCUACUAGUGAUUCCAUUGUAUGUACUAUUGUUUAAACAGGACUGAUAACUGAA